UUCUCUCUCUCUGAUGACAAAGGCUUCUCUGGGGAGACGCGCCGCGCGUGACCGCGUCCUCUGCUUUCUGCUGCUGCUCACAGAGAGACAGGCAGGCAGGCAGACAGACAGAAAGACAGACAGACAGACGGGGUGUGUGUCUGUGUGAGGAUGCGCGCGGCCGGCAGCAGCAGCAGCUCGCACUGAUUGUCGGAGCAUCAGGAGGAGCGCGAGGAGGAGCAGAGCGGACACCAUGAGCUGCAGCUGGGGCACCGAGCUCUGGGAUCAGUUUGAUAACUUGGAAAAACACACCAGCUGGGGAAUCGACUUCCUGGAGAGAUACAGCAAGUUUAUAAAAGAGAGAGCUGACAUCGAGCUGAGCUACGCCAAACAGAUCAGGAGUCUGUCUAAGAAGUAUCACCCGAAGAGAAGCAGAGAGGAUGAGAGCAGGUACACAUGGUGUUUGGCGUUUGCAGCGACUCUCCAGCAGCUGAAUGAACUUGCGGUUCAGAGAGAAGAACUCGCUGAGAACCUGAACACACAGAUCGCGUGUGAGCUGACUCGAUACACACAGGAAGUGAAGACUGAGAGGAAGACGCAUUUCCAAGAUGGCCGCCGUGCCCAGCAGCACAUUGAGAGCUCAUGGAAACAACUGGAGUCUAGCAAGCGUCGGUUUGAGCGUGACUGUAAGGAGGCGGAGCGAGCUCAACAAGUCUCCGACAGAAUCGACCUCGACAACAAGACGGACGGAGAGAAGCGCUGCUCACUGAAGGCUCGUCAGACGGCUCAACAGAAAAAACAAGCUGCUGAAGAGUCCCGGAAAGAAUAUGUUACCAGUUUAAACCAGUUUAACCAGGACCAGCACCAGCACUACCACACCCUGGUGCCAGUUAUAUACCAGCGAAUCCAGGACAUGGAGGAGCGGCGGAUUGAGAGAAUCUGUGAAGCGAUGCGUUCGUCAGCAGAGGCAGAGAGAAAAGUCCUUCCUGUUGUGAGUCGCUGUCUGGACGUCAUGAUGGACGCUUCCGAGGGCAUUCAGCCCCGCAUGGACACCCAGCAGGUGGUGGAGGUGUAUAAGUCAGGCUUCGACCCCCCAGGUGACGUGGAGUUUGAGGACUACAGCGCCACCAUGAGGAGGAGCAUCUCUGAGUCCAGUUACCUCGACAACCGUACAGAGGGGCGGAGACACAGCAGGAAGCUGUGGCCAUUCAUACGCAAAAACAAGCUGUUGACCCUCCUCUCCUCCCCCCGCCAGCCUCCCCCUCCCCCCCCGACCUCCCCGUCACCUGGAGGCGUGGCCAACAGUCCCCAGUCCCCACCCCCUGCCUCUAGAGAGCCAAUCACACAGCGGCUGAAUGAGCUGAUGAGCUCUGGCUCCAGAACCAGGAAGCAGUGUCUGCGCAGCCUCAAGAGAGGGAUUGGACAGCUGUCCCUCAAACUGGGCUCUGGUCCUGCAGACUGCAGUCAUCUUCCUCCUGAACAGAGAAGAAAGAAACUUCAAACCAGAAUCAACAACAUCAACGAGGAGAUCCAGAGAGAGAGAGAGCAGAGAGAUGCUCUGUUGAAAAUGAGGGAAGUGUAUGAACGUAGUCCUCAGAUGGGCGACGCCGGCAGUCUGGAGCCUCGACUGGAGGAAGUGAAACAGAGUCUGCAGAGACUGGACGACGAGCUCAGGAGGAACCAGGCGUGGCUGUCAGAGGCCGACAGCAGACUCUCUGAUCACAGCAGUAGGAGACAGAGUGGAGGUUGUGGGUUAAAUUCCCAGGCGAUGAUGCCAGGCAGCAGUAGCCUGAAACAGCUGGACAACCGCAGUCCAGCCAGCAGAGAGAGUCCUGAUGGCAGCUACACUGAAGACCACAGUGCGGAGCUUCACUUUAAGUCUCGUAGUUCAGAGUUUGACGAUGACUUUGAUGAUGAAGAACCGUUACCGAGUAUCGGCACCUGCAAGUCCCUCUACCCGUUCCAAGGUCAGAAUGAAGGCACGCUGUCGAUGGUGGAGGGGGAACUACUUUCUGUGGUGGAAGAGGAUAAAGGAGACGGUUGGACCAGAGUGCGGAGGAACCUGGAGGAGGAGGGAUACGUCCCCACCUCCUACAUCAAAGUCUUCCUGGACGCCAGCGCCAAAGGCUUUGUGCAGAGUAGUCGGCUAGUCUAGCACAGUAAUCGACCAGUGAGGACGUCUCGCCACAGGAAGUGAUGUAACGGAAAGAGCUGCGAGGAAGUCCUGGGCCACGUUCAGCCCCGACAAAACGUAGCAGCACGUUUAUUUAAACUGUAACGGGGGUGCGUUGAUCAUCCUGCUGUGAGCGCUCUGCCUUUUUAUCACCACGAGUUUACAGACACGUCUCUGCUGAUUGGCUAUCAGCUGGGAUACAGCCAAUAAACCAGAGACACGCCAACCAAACCAGAGAAAACAGAACUCAGAUCUGUUUCACAUCAUUCAGAGGAAACAUGUCGUUCAAUCAGGAAACCGUAGCAACACGGUGCACAGUUUAGAGAUUGAACGUUCCCCUGGAGCAGAUUCAUAGAGAGGGAGAGAAGUCCCGCCCCUUCCUGUGUCCACCAUGGGACUUUAUUUCAGUAAAAAUUUGAUCUGGUAGUAAACGGGGAGAGACAGAUCGUCUUUAGAUCCUGUUUGAGUUGAGCCAUGAAUGCUGCAUGAUGCUUGUCAGUUUAAAAGAUCAUUUAUCAAGUGAAGAAAGUUCCCUGUUCACUACCGGACACAUUUUUACUAAAUAUGGAAGGGAUUUCUAUUGGAUGGUUUAACUCUUCAUAUAUCUCAGCCAAUCAGAUGACAGACUGCUGUCAAUACAAGAUGGAGGAAAGGUGCUGGUGACAGAUAAAUCCAUCACAGAUAAGAUAUUAGACAGAUCCAAUUUAAUAACCAUUAAUAACUUUAUUUCAUGUUUGAGCCUAAAAUGAUGAAUUCAAGUUUGUUUUGUUUUAAACUUGUUCUUAUGAAAAGUUUCUGUAAUUUAUCAGUUCAAAUGUUUUUCUGAUUCUCUGACCUCAGAUCAGUUUACCGGCUGUUUUAAAUUAAAUAUUAAACUCAAAAUGUAAAAACAUAAAAGUGAAUGUUUGUAAACAUGUGUUCUUGAAAAGUAAUGGUGGACGGUUCAUCCUGAUGACUGAAACUAAACUUUAAAGUUUAAAAAGAAAAGAAACACUGAAGAUGAAUCUGUAAAUACUAUCUGUAAUACCUGAUAAUACUGUAUACCUGUAUUCCUGCUGACAUUAGCCCCGCCCCCUGUAUACCUGCUGACAUUAGUCCCGCCCCCUGUAUACCUGCUGACAUUAGCCCCGCCCCUGAUGUAUAUAUAUAUAUAUAUAUAUAUAUAUAUAUAUAUAUAUAUAUAUAUAUAUAUAUAUAUAUAUGUAUAUAUUAGUCUGUGUGUUUAGCCCCCCCCCCGCUUGUUAUUGAUUGUGUGAAAUGUGAAACUUUUUUAUUUCAGUGAGAUUUUGAUUUUUUUAUUGAGACGUGAGACUGCUGAUCACGCUCUUUUCAAUUUCAUGUAUGUUUAACUUUUUAAAUAAAGUACACUCUAAAUCAGA